GCAUAACAUACUAUCUAGCAUAGUAUAUUGCAUAAUUUGUUUGCAUUUUGAAGGGUGAAAAAGUCAAACAGCCUGUUUCCUCAAAAAGAAAGGAAAGAAGGAUUGCUGCGGACGGUUAAUGGGCGCUCAAAGAUUGUUGUGGAGCAGCUUUCCGAUUAUCAAACUGGAUAGGCGUCCGCCAACACCAACAACAACAGCAUCUCGAUAUUCUUCUUCAGCUAACAUUCCGAAGCGAAUGUCUGUCAGAAGCAGUUCUCAAUCGAGAAAGCCCAUACUGCUUUUCGACAUCAUGGAUACUAUAGUCCGCGACCCUUUCUAUCAACAUAUCCCAUCCUUCUUCGGAAUGUCGAUGAAGGAACUUCUUGAAUGCAAGCAUCCUACUGCCUGGAUUGAGUUUGAGAAGGGUCUCAUUAGUGAGAUGGAGCUGGCACGAAUGUUUUUCAAGGAUGGACGGCCAAUUGAUUUGGAAGGCCUCAAAAGCUGCAUGAGACAAGGAUAUACCUAUAUCCCAGGAAUCGAAGAAUUACUGGCUGAUCUGAAGAAAAAUGGAUAUGAAAUGCAUGCUUGUACUAAUUAUCCCAUCUGGUAUGAAAUUAUUGAAGAAAAGCUUAAACUCUCAACCUUCUUAUCCUGGACCUUCUGUUCAUGCUUAAUGGGAAAACGGAAGCCUGAUCCUGAUUUUUAUAUGGAUAUUUUGAAGCACUUAAAUGUGGAGCCAGCAUGUUGUAUCUUCAUUGAUGACAGGAUGAGAAAUGUGGAGGCUGCAAUUGAUGUUGGUUUCAAUGGUAUUCAAUUCAAGAAUGUGGAAUUAUUACGCAAUGAACUCGCUAAUUUGGGAGUUCUCAUAGAGACAAGCUAAUGGCCGAAACAUGGUUUCACUCAUUUUCUUGCGGAUUUGUAGCAACAAAUUUACGUUGUGUAUUCAAUGGAAAUGUUGUACGUAAAAGACUCUAUUCUGGUCCAGGAUAACACAAAACACAAAUAAUAAUCCUCAUACGGGCAAUUAUAGAGCCUUAAAUCACACAAACCUCCCCCACAAAACGAGGAACAAAGUAAAAGCUCACCCAUUGAUUUUGAACAACUGAGUUGUUAGAAAUCGCCAUUUGAAGUUUCCAACUCACUGGCGC